GCGGCCGGCGCGGGGGCGACGCGCGCAGAUGACGUCGACGAGCGGGGCGGCUCGGCAGCAUGGCGUCCGUGGCGCUGAGUGAGGCGGAGAAGGUGUAUAUCGUGCACGGCGUUCAGGAAGACCUCCGUGUGGAUGGCCGUGGCUGUGAGGACUACCGAUAUGUCGAAGUGGAAACCGAUGUGGUGUCUAACACCAGUGGGUCUGCCAGGGUCAAGCUGGGUCACACAGACAUCUUGGUGGGAGUGAAAGCAGAAAUGGGGACACCGAAGCUGGAGAAACCAAAUGAAGGUUACUUGGAGUUCUUCGUUGACUGGUGCCUGGCACUGGGAUAUGUGGAAGAAGGCCUUGGCUUGAGUCCUGCCCUUGUCCUAGUCACGCGGUCAGUGCUGGGCCUCACUGUCCCUGUCGGAGAGAGGAGGGCAUCGCCAGGCAGCCCGGCACAUGAUGGUUCUAAGAGUCAAAUGAAAUGUUCAGCCAAUGCUACCCCUGAAUUUGAAGGUCGAGGAGGUGAUGACCUUGGCACGGAGAUUGCUAAUACCCUCUACCGGAUAUUUAACAACAAGAGCAGCGUCGACCUCCAGUCCCUCUGCAUUAGUCCCCGGGAGCAUUGUUGGAUCCUCUAUGUGGACGUGCUGCUGCUGGAAUGCGGUGGGAAUUUGUUUGACACCAUCUGCAUUGCUGUGAAAGCUGCCCUCUUCAACACCAGGAUACCGAGAGUUCGUGUUCUAGAGGAUGAAGAGGGGUCCAAGGACAUUGAACUCUCAGAUGACCCUUAUGACUGCAUCCGGCUAAGCGUGGAGAAUGUCCCCUGCAUUGUCACCCUGUGCAAGAUUGGCUAUCGGCAUGUCGUGGAUGCUACUCUUCAGGAGGAGGCCUGCUCCUUGGCCAGCUUGCUGGUGUCCGUGACCAGCACGGGAGUCGUGACGUGCAUGAGGAAAGUGGGGAAGGGCAGCCUGGACCCAGAGAGCAUCUUCGAGAUGAUGGAGACGGGCAAGCGAGUGGGCAAGGUGCUGCACGCCUCCCUGCAGAGCGUCCUACACAAGGAGGAAAGCCUGGGGCCCAAGAGACAGAAAGUCGGCUUCCUGGGAUGAUUUGCACAUCAACGCAAUUGCGGGGUGUUUGGCUUUUUUGCUUUUCCUUUUAAGCCGCAGUUUGUAUAUAUUUUUCUUAUCUGUUAUAAAUUGGAGGCAACAUUUGUACAUGUAAAAUUAAAGUGUAUUUUCUAG